AUGGCAAAUAAAAUACUAGAUCCAAUCUUUAGAUUAUACGAUCCGAUUCGUUAUUCAUUUAACAAGAAAAAAGAGGAUUAUAUUGUCAUCUCACCGACUGUUGGUUCUAAAUCCCAAUUGAAUGAUGGUGGUAGAAUUGCCUUCGAAAUAAAUUCAUUAUCGAAUUGGUUGCUUCUUUCAGAUGCUCAUUUCAGAUGCGAUUUCAAAAUCAAAGACGCCACUCAGAAUCAAGCACCACAAACUAAUACAACGUUAGAAAACAAUUUCUUUCCAUCUUUAUUUAGCGAGAUGGUUUUGGAAGCUGGUUCAAAUCCGAUAGAAACAAUCAAACACCCUGGGGAAUUCGACACAAUGUUGAAAACAGUUUUAUAUCCUAAAGAUUUCGAUUCAGUCUUGGGUUGGAUACCCGAUGUUGGCGAUGGAAGUGUUUUAAAAGAACCGAUAAGAAAUCUUGCAAAUGAUGCCGAUUUAGAUAGAGUGAGAGUUGUUGCUCAAAACACGAUAGAAAGAGAAGCACGAGCAGCUAAUCAUGGAUUUGAAAAACGAGUACUUCAGUACAAUAAUAUUGUUGAGAAUAAUAGGUGGGGUAAUUACGUAAAUUGGAAAUUAUAUCCUUUAUUCGGUCUGUUGGAACACAGAAAGGUUUCCAUAGGGUAA